GCUGUCAGUGUAAAAUUUUUCCACUCUUUUUCUUCUCUCUGAGUGAGAAGAAUAUUUCCAGUAUUUCUCAAUUGUAUUAUUGAUUACCUCAAUUUAUCAUCAAGUCUUGGAAACAGUUACUUACAUCGAAUGAUCCAGCCACUCACUAAACCAGUCCAUCGCAAGUAGAUCCCAGGUCAGAUCACCUUGAGGUGGGUCCCCGUUUAAUAAAUAAAAGUCUCCUAUGUGGAUCUGCUGUCCAAUUCAUAAUCCUUGAAGCAUCAGAUAUUUUACAAGAAAUCCUGAACCAUCAUAUCAUUUCUCAAUCAGGGUAUCUCUAGCAUAACAAAUUAUGUUGUGUUGCUGAGUUUAUCAUUAAAGCUUCUCCAAAAUGUCUAGCAAAGAAGAAGAGUGUGAGUUGACACAAUUAGUCUCCUUCGAUGAAGAACCUGGUGUCAACAACAAAUUUGAUGAUGAAACACCUCCUCAUACUCCUGCCGAGAAGCGAUCUUCACUUCUAGUCUUGAGUCAGCUGACUAACCAGGGCACCAGCAAACAGAAAAGCUUAAAACAAAACAUAGAAGAACCAGAACGUUCAUCUCAAAUUUCUUCAUCAGAAGGUGCCAGCAGUACAAAAGGGGAACCCAGCAUAGCAGAAUCCUCCACCUCCAGGCCUAUUUCUCGAAUUGCCACUGCUCCAGUUUCAAAUAUAGGCCAUACAACAAGACUGUAUCAAGUCAAUGAGAGGACCGGAAGAAAUUCCUCAGGGAACAUAAUUUCAGAGUCACAUGGUUAUAGACCUCCAAGACCCCCUUUACCCAGUGCCAUCAGAUCCCAGAUGAUGAAGAAAGCUCUUCUUGAUCGAGAAUGUCAACAUCACUGUUUUCUCUCAGAUGUUACUGAUGUCCGCCAAAUGGAACAGGCUCUACUUCAUCUCCUUGAAGACUUCAACUCUGGCAAACUCCGUGCUUUCAGUAAAGAUUGCAGUAUGGAGCAAAUGACUGGCAUCCGUGAACAGCAAGAGCAUGUUGCCCGUCUGCACUUCGAGCUAUUUGCACAACAAGAAUUGUUUGAGCCACUGAGUGAUGAGGGACUCCAACGCGGAGUUGAUAAUAUGAAUUCUCUCAUGUCUUCCCUAGAACAACUAAGUAUUUCGAUAGAAAAAUUGCACACGGUCAAUGACACCAGCUAAAAUUAAUCAACACCCUUGGGCAGUCUUUCAAUGCUCUGAAAGAAGUCGGAGGCUUCAGUCUUUUCUGCCCAAGCUGAACUGGUUGAACAACGGUAAAAGCGGGAUUUAAAUCAAUAAACAAUAGCAUAUCGAUCCGUCCUGUUUCAACCUCUGCAUUGUGCAGUAAAGAGAAGCCUACUCCCCAUGUAUUUUAAGAGAGAACAAUGGUUAACUUCAGCCCUCUUAAAAAUUUCAAGUAUGCACAUAGGUAAUCUUAUGGUGUACUUAAAAAUUUAAUUUCAGCACAAUAUUUUAAUGAGGAAGAACUGAAAUUCUGUGCAAAUCAAAUGGUUUUAACCUGUUUGAUAGUCUUCAUAGAUGGACGAAGUUGGUUUCAGAGAUCAUCAAACAGGUUGCAGAAUUUUAGUCAUUUUUCCUUAGAUUGUAGGUAGUGCUGAAACUAAAUUUCUACGCUAAGGUUUUCCAUCAACUAAAAAAUUAGCUAAAUUCUAGAAAGAUGACUGCAAACAGUACGAGCAAAAGAUGAAAUUGCAACCUGAAAA